CCCUGAGCAAGGCCAGUAAGAGGAACCUUCCCCGACCCAGCGCCCUGGGCUGCUUUGAGCUCACUGCGCGGAUUACCACAAAAGGAAAGAGCGUCUCGUGGGGGAAGUUGUAGAGCUGUGGGGCAGGUCAUUUCUCUGCAGCCACUCAGCCAGACCCUGCCGGCCAACCCACUCCAGCUCUGGGUCUGUUCGGUCCAGACACCCGUUAUACGGCCUGACGGCCGCCUGCUCUGCCUGCCCCUCGCUGCCAGGAUGGAGGGGGCUCUGCAGCCUUCCCUUCUCUUGCUCCUGCUGGUUUUACAGCCCGGCGUUGUAAAGAAAUGGAAGUGGCUGCAAUUGCAGGGGAAUCCAUCCAGUUACAGCCAGUGAAAUUGCCGGAGCCUUGGGCAGAAAUCACCUGGAAGGUCACACUAGACUCAGCAGAGACGUAUCGAAUUGUAACAUUUAAUAAAGGGGAACCCCCUGACCAUGGGUCAUCCCCACAUUUUAUCAGCAGAGUCACUUUCCACCCUGAGAAUCUCUCACUGCAGAUUGAUCCCGUUAAGAAGUCAGACAGUGGCCUCUAUACCUUGAUCAUUGACAUUGGAGGAGCCCGUGAAGACAUCACAAAGUUCCGUGUCUCUGUGUUUGACCGAGUGCGACAGCCAAACCUCACGGUGCUCUCUGCCUACCCGGAGCUCGGCCAGUGCAACGUUACCCUGUCCUGCUCCGUGCCUGGCGCUGACAGAGUCACCUACAGCUGGUCCCGAGGCACGUCCUGGAUCCCGUCUGACAGGGACCAUCAGCUCCCUGGGAGCCAAUCCCUGCUGCACGUAGUGAUUAACGCAGACACCAGUGACGUCUUCUACAGAUGUAACGCUAGUAACCGAGCCAGCUGGGCCACAGACACUGUAGAUGGCAAAUCAUUGUGCGACUCCCCAGCCACAGGUUCUGCGAGCAGCCUAGUGAGCUAUUGCCAGGUGAAGGGGAUUCUCCUGCUGGUGGUGCUGGGCGCCCUGGUCACAGCCAUCGUCGCGGUGCACGUCCUCACCCGGGACAAAGAGAGGCUGGAUUGAGCCGAAGGGCCAGUGCAAGGAGCUUUCCUUGCUGCUUGGGGCGACGUCUGCAUCUGCAACGGGGUCUUUUCACUCCCCUACUGCAAACGGGCGCCGCAGCAGCACAGCUGUCGAUGGGCCUGGGUUUGGAGCCAUCCCGGCUCCUUUGCCCGGCCGUGCUGGGGCUCAGCAUCCGGAGCCCCCUACACCUGACUGCGAAUGGGUCACCACCACCUCCUGGCUGGGCACGGUGCUGCCAGUGCUCUGCCUCAGUUUCU